ACCAGCGGUUACCCUGGGUGGGGCGUCGUGCCCAAGGACACAACUACAGCAGACCCACAAGCCUCUGGUCAUGGGGUGGACACUUAACUCCUCUUCCGUCGUCAUCCCAAGGUGGAAGAGAUUUAUUUGCAGCUUGUGAAGCAGAAUCCUUUUUACAUGAUGCCUCUGAGUCCCAGUGUGACCCAGAGACAUUUCCUGUUGCGUUUAUGCAGUUUUUCUUCUGUCAGCAUUAAAUAACUUGUUUGACCGGUAAUCAAACGAUUUAACGGCAUAAAGUGAAGCAGUUUGGUUUAUUGUGGGACUUUGACCCUGAAGCACUCCCGUGUGAUUUGAAGUCAAGGCUUAUUCACUCACGGCCGAUAUUCCUGCUGAAAUGACUUUGACCGACUUUAUUUCUGAUCCCUGGAUGAUCGCUGUGGCCUGUGUUGGACUGAUCAUUGGACUUCUUCUCUGUACCAAGUCUAACAAGAAAGAGCGCCAACCACUGCGAAAACGUGACGAUCGUUCACAAACCUACGAAUCGGUGCUCAAGACCAUGAAAGGAGAAUGGGACGGUCAGCUCAGGAGAAAACUUGCAGACGUGGAGGAGAGAAAGGAGAAAAACAAGAGGGAAGUGGAGUCGGUGGAGAGAGAGAUCACACAGAGGAAAACACUCGACAUACCGGAGGAGUUAUUAAGACAGAAAGAAGACCUGCUGAAGGCUCAAUGGAGACUGGACGACAAACAGAGACAAUAUGAAAAACAGCUGAUUGAUAUUGAGAAGAUGAUGGAACCUGUGAUGCCUUACAUGACCUUAAACACAACCAGAGAGGUUGUUUAGGAGCAGAAAAACUACAGAAAUCAGAAUUCAACCUGCUUAAACGCUGGUUUUCAGCCGUACUCAGAUUGUUUUAAUACUUUAAUUCCCUCCUUUAGAUCCAUUUUAGUCCUGCUCCAUUUGUUUAGUUUUUCUUCUUUUGUUUAGUUUGUUUUGAGUUAAUUACUGUUGAUUUUGUUUGACAGAUUUCAUGUUGCUCAGAGCUCUAAACUGGUGAAAAUUCAGAAUUUAUCUUUAUUGCUGUCAUCGUUUUAAGAAGAUGGAGAACCGGAGUAGACGUGGGUCAGUGUUCCUGUGUUAUUUGGGAAAAUGACUGAUGUAGGUUUUAUUUCUUGUUGUUUUGUUUUUCCCAUCAGUGUGAUGUAAAAAAUAACAUAAAUCAUGUAACAUGACCAUGUGACUUUGUAACAUCUACAACAUUACAGUGCUUCAUUUUGAGUUUUUAUUAUAAUUAAUCUGGAUCUGGUGAUGCUGAAAACUGACAUCUUAUCUUCUGGAAUAAAAACACUUUAAUAGGAAAAAGCAGGUGAAGGUUCUCAGUCAUCCAGAUCAGGAUAAUCCAAAGGGGUUUGAACCCGUUUCAGAAAGACUGAAUUACAGACGUGAUUAAGAGAAUAGCCGUUGUAGAACACACCUUAUUUUAUUAGCUCGGGUUCUGUUGAGAACUUUGACCCACCCAGAGCCGGAUUAAAUAAAUGGACUACACUAGGCAGGCUGCAUUUUAUGGCCCCCCCUCCAUCGAUGUUAUUUAAUGAAUUGAAAUCUGAAACUUACCAAAGUUACUUAUAAAAGUUCAUUCACAUUUUACGUAGCCUAGUCUUUGGUUACAAAUUGGUUGUUUGUAUGUAAAACAUUCUAUCAGACAAUUUUUUGAUAUUAAUUAUACAUCAUUACACAGCUGUGUUAAAUGCUAAUAAAUUAUCCUCAUCUUA